UGUCUGAGCAAUACCCCUCCUCUGACUGACUAUUUCCUGGAAGAUAAAUAUGAAGCUGAAAUAAAUCAGCACAAUCCACUGGGGAUGAGAGGAGAAAUUGCAGAAGCCUAUGCAGAGCUCAUUAAACAGAUUUGGUCUGGGAGACAGUCUCAUGUGGCCCCACGUAUGUUUAAAACACAGGUUGGCCGAUUUGCUCCUCAGUUUUCAGGAUAUCAGCAGCAAGAUUCCCAGGAGCUCUUGGCUUUUCUUCUAGAUGGCUUGCAUGAGGAUUUGAACAGAGUGAAGAAGAAGCCCUACUUGGAGCUGAAGGAUGCCAAUGGCAGACCGGAUUCGGAAGUGGCAAAAGAGGCCUGGGAGAAUCAUAGGCUGAGGAAUGACUCUAUCAUUGUGGAUAUUUUUCAUGGUCUUUUCAAAUCUACGCUUGUCUGUCCCAAAUGCUCCAAAGUUUCUGUGACCUUUGAUCCCUUCUGUUACUUAACCCUUCCACUGCCCUUGAGGAGAGAUCGUCUCAUGGAAGUUACCCUGGUAUAUGCAGACCCACAGCAUAGACCUGUCCAGUACCGGGUUGUGGUGCCGAUGAUGGGGGCCAUCUCGGAUCUGUGUGAAUCCCUCUCCAAACUCUCUGGUGUUCCUGCAGAAAAUAUGGUGGUGACAGACGUGUAUAAUCAUCGGUUCCACAAAAUCUUCCAAAUGGAUGAAGGUUUAAAUCAUAUCAUGCCAAAAGACGACAUCUUUGUAUACGAAGUUUGCAGGCCAAGUGAGGAUGGCUCAGAGUAUGUUACUCUCUCUGUUUACUUUCGGGAAAAGACAAUGAGGCAAUCCAGCAAUACUUCAGGGACCGUACUCUUUGGUCAGCCACUAUUAAUAUCUGUGCCGAAACACAAGCUCACUGUGGAUCACUUGUACGGUGUGGUUUUGGAGCAGAUCAGCCGCUAUGUGAAACUCCCUUUGGUGGAAGAAUACUCUACACCCUGCCCAGACAAAGGAACCUGUAAUGGCUCCAACAGUGUGGUUGAAGGUGAUGUUGAAGAGAUGGAGCAUCAGGAUGGCAGACAGGAAGGGAAGGAAAAGCUGGCAGAAGUUGAUCCCUGCCACUCUGAGGGUUGUAUGCAGAUCGAGUCUGCAAGAGACCUGCAGCCUUGCAAGAAGCAACAUUUCACGUUCAGCCUCGUGAAUUCCUCUGGGACCUCUGAGAUAAACUCCAUUGUAGAAGGAAAAAUCUUAAAACUGAAUGCUUUUUCUGCACUUGCGAUUGACUGGGAUUCUGAUACACGGAGACUACUUUUUGAUGAACAGGAGGCACAGGCAUUUGAAAAACAUGGAAGUAUGUUACAACCACAGAAGAAGAAGGCUGUGGUAGCCCUCAGAGACUGCAUAGAGCUCUUCACUACUAUGGAAACGCUUGGUGAACAUGACCCGUGGUACUGUCCUAACUGUAAGAAACAUCAACAGGCCACAAAGAAGUUUGACUUGUGGUCUUUGCCCAGGAUUUUGGUAGUGCAUUUAAAACGCUUCUCAUACAGCAGAUACUGGAGGGAUAAACUUGACACUGUUGUGGAAUUCCCUAUCAGGGGUUUAAACAUGUCCGAGUUUGUCUGCGACCCAAGAGCAGGCUCAUAUGUGUAUGACCUCAUUGCAGUUUCCAAUCACUAUGGAGCCAUGGGAGUAGGCCACUACACUGCCUACGCAAAGAACAAAGUGAAUGACAAGUGGUACUACUUUGAUGACAGCAGUGUAUCGGUGGCUUCAGAAGACCAAAUAGUGACAAAAGCUGCGUAUGUGCUGUUUUAUCAGCGCCGAAACAGUGAGGAACAUACUGCCCCAUCUCCUCCCCAAGAAGAGUGUGACGGCAUGGAUACCGACUAACCAUCACCUCCAGUACUCGGCCACCAUGUUAGCGGUCGUGCUUCUAAAGCUAUGCCUGAGGCGUCUGAAAAUUUUUCUUCCUUCUGUAGGAGUCAAGCAGAAAAAUCUAGCACUGAAAGAUUCAGUGCUGGGGAUUGCAGAAUAGCACUGGAGAGCCAGGAAUAGGUGCUGACACUUGGGUAUUUAGAGGCCAAAAAUAAUAUAUAUUGGAGCUUCAAUAAAGUUCUUUUUAAAAUCUG